AUGAGCAGACCCAUGUUACCCCCUAACACGGGGAAGGAAGCCUUCGAAUUCGGACCGAUCCUUGGCACCGGGUCCUUUGGGCGGGUGAAGUGUGCGAAGUACCUCAAGUCCCGCGGUGUAUCUUUGGAAGACACCACGCAGGUCCCUCCCCGCGUGGCGAUCAAGAUAUUAAAAAAGGCCAGCAUUAUAAAGUUGAAACACGUCGACCAUAUCCUCAACGAAAAGGCUAUUCUUUUAAAGUUGGACCACCCGCUUACGGUCCGCUGUUUCGGGACUUUCCAAGACCCCCGAUAUUUGUACCUUGUAAUGGAAUUUGUCCAAGGAGGAGAGUUCUUUACGCAUCUGCGAAAGAAAAAGCGCUUUGAAAACGACACUGCGAAAUUCUAUGCCGCGAUGAUUGUUGAUAUAUUUGACUACCUGCACGCUGACAACAUCAUUUACAGGGAUUUGAAGCCGGAAAACAUGCUCCUUGAUCGCGACGGCUACGUCAAACUUACAGAUUUUGGCUUCGCUAAAGUCGUGGAGUUCCGUACAGACACUCUGUGUGGCACUCCCGAGUACAUCGCACCUGAAGUGUUGCUUAACAAAGGCCACGGGAAACCUGUGGAUUGGUGGACGUUAGGCAUCUUGAUUUACGAAAUGAUUGUCGGCUAUCCUCCCUUCCUUGACGACGACCCUUUGGGGAUCUACCAGAAGAUUCUGAGCGGUAAAUACGUCUUCCCCAAGUUUUUUGACAAAGAUGCAAAGCUUCUUGUACGGAAGCUUCUCCAGGCAGACCUAAGCAAGCGUUGGGGAAACCUGAAGGACGGCGUGCGCGACAUUAAAGAAUGCAAAUGGUUUUCAACUGUCUGCUUCGAGGAUAUCCGAGCCAAGCGAAUUCCAGCAGAAUUCAAACCAGUCAUCAAAGGCGUUGAUGACCUGUCAAACUUUGAAUCGUAUCCCGAUGAAAAGGACGACUCGCCGCCUGUUGACCCCAACAAGGACCCCUUCAAGGCAUGGUGA